AGGAGAGAGCGCGUGGGGGAGAAAAAAGGAAGGGAGAAGGGAGAGAGAGGAUCUGGAGCAAAGUGUGUGUGUGUGUGUGUGUAGGAAGAAAGGGGGGGGGGUCCUCCGCGCAUGAGCCGCUCCGCCUGGGCGUCUUUGGCGUCGUCGCCGGUGCGCGUUGGCGCUGUUCGGGCCCCCCUGGAGCCGAGCAAAGAGAGAGGGAGAGGGCCCUGGCUCGCCCACCCGGCCAGCUAUGGCAGACUCCUAUUCCUACCGAGUUGGAAAGAAAGUUGGUGGAUCGAGCAAGACCAGUAUGGACAAAGAGAGCAGCAAGGCAGAGAUGAAGCUCAACCCAGCAUAUGAACAGUCAAGGCUUGGAAAUGCAACCAAUGACAAAACUGAAGGCAAGCGGAAAGGGAGGCCCAAAGUGGACAGCCAAGCCCUGAAAGAUAUUCCUCUGCCUCUCAUGAACCAGUGGAAGGAUGAGUUCAAGGCCCAUUCGAGGGUGAAAUGCCCCAACUCGGGCUGUUGGCUGGAGUUCCCCAGCAUCUAUGGCCUGAAGUACCAUUACCAACGCUGCCAAGGGGCAAGGAAGACAGAGAGUGCGGUGGUGGAGAAACGGACCUUUCCUUGUCCGUACUGCGAAGCCACUUUCACCUCCAAAACCCAACUGGAAAAACACCACCUUUGGAACCACCUGGAGAGGCGGCUGCCGGUUGUGACUCCUCCGCCAGUGGAAAACAAAGUGCCCAAAUCCUCCAGCAAAGGCGGGGGCAAGAAAAGAGCUGCUGAGGGUUCAGCUUCCCCCACCAUCCAUCCCAAACAGGCGAAGAUGGAGAAGGCAAUGGUCUUACAGCGGCCCGAGAACGGCGAGUGUGCACCUGUCAAGCAACGCAACAAAGAAUUCCAGGUGACAGUGAGUGGCGUGGCAGCAACGCCUUUGACUCAGCCAUCCAGUGGACGCGGGUCCAAGCAGCAGUCAAGCAGGAAGAUUGUCGAGCAGGAAGAAGACCCCGAAAGGAUGAAGCACAGAAGGAAACAGAAAACCCCUAAGAAGUUUACUGGGGAACAGCCAUCCAUCUCAGGAACGUUUGGAUUGAAAGGGCUGGCAAAAGCAGAAGACAAGGCGAAAGCCCACCGAGCCAAGAAACUGGAAGCAGCUCUAAACAGCGGCGGUAACAACAACAGUGAAGAACAGAAGAAGAAACUGCUGGGAUCCAGUAUGAAAAAGGAAACUUCCUCGAUGGGAGUCACCACAUCUACAGCCACAGCUCUUUCAGUAACAAUGAGCCCCGAGGAGCAGUGGCAGAGGACAAUCAAUGAAAAGGGAGAGAUCGCCUGCCCGACAUGUAACAUGAUCAGCCGGAAGACAAUCCUGGGGCUCAAGAAGCACAUGGAAGUCUGCCAAAAGCUGCAGGAUGCCUUGAAAUGCCAGCAUUGCAAGAAGCAGUUCAAGUCCAAAGCCGGAUUGAAUUAUCACACCAUGGCGGAACAUGUCAACAAACCUCCUCCUGUGGAAGCAGCUGUUCCUCUGACCGAACACGAAGAGCGGGAGAGACUGAGGAAAGUGCUAAAGCAGAUGGGAAAACUCAAAUGCCCCAAUGAGGGUUGUGUGGCCACCUUCUCUAGCCUUAUGGGCUACCAAUACCACCAGAAACGGUGUGGGAAGCAACCAUCCGAAGUCGAGAAGCCGCUUUUCACCUGCCCGCACUGUGGGAAGACCUACAAGUCAAAAGCUGGACAUGAUUACCACCUGAGGUCUGAGCAUCCUUCUGCCCCUCCUGAAAAGCAAGAGAUAAAGCCUGAAUCCAACCCGAUGGAAGAUUUUGAGAGGACUCCGAGUGGCAGGAUCCGGCGCACCUCUGCCCAGGUAGCCGUCUUCCAUUUGCAAGAAAUAGCGGAGGAUGAGCUGGCCAAGGAUUGGACCAAGCGGAGGAUGAAGGAUGACCUGGUCCCUGAAACAAAACGGCUAAAUUACACUCGUCCUGGGCUCCCAAAGUUGAAUCCGAGGCUCCUAGAAACCUGGAAAAAUGAAGUCAAGGAAAAAGGUCACAUCAACUGCCCCAAUAAUUGCUGCGCAGCCAUUUACUCCAGCGUUUCUGGUUUGAAAGCCCACCUCGCCAAUUGCAACAAGGGAGACCACUCUGUGGGGAAGUAUCGUUGUCUUCUGUGUCAGAAGGAGUUUAGCUCAGAAAGCGGAGUCAAAUACCACAUCAUUAAGACUCACUCAGAGAACUGGUUCCGAACAUCUACGGAGGCCAUCCGGAAGAAGAAGAAUAGUGGGGAACACAGCCCUCCCGGCAGCGAAGAAAAAAAGCAAAGCACAGACGGGAAAAAACGAGGUCGGAAGCCAAAGGAAAGGCCCCCGGAGUUUCCCCUCAAAAUCAAAGAAAUCACGCCAGGAAAGACUAACCAUAAGAAAGCCAUGGAGUUGUGGCAGACCGUGGACUGCAACCCCGAUGGGAGGGAGAAAGGUAACAAACCCUCCCAGAGCAAGAAAGGGGGUUCCAGUAAAAUGCCAGAGAAAUAAGAAGCUGGGCGUAAAAACACUCUUUAAGGAUUAGUUUACAACCCAGGGUCACGGGGGCGAGGGGAGCACUCCCCAUUUGCUCAAUGCCUCCACCAUCUACUCAUCCCCUCCUUUUUUAAAAAAAGCACGAGAGACCACUUUUGCAGCAUCACCACAGACAUUUGUUUUCGCGCUGGAAGAGGAAAACGAACGAGACGGCCGGUAUGAUUUCUCUCUUGGGAACCUCCACAGAUUGUAUAUAUGUAUCUGUACUCACGCCUGUGGCGCAUACGCUGCCUCCGCAGUUGGGUCAAAAGGAUAAGAGGGUUGCCGGUGGGGAGCCGCGUCCAUUGCUUGCUUCCUCCAACAAAGGAGAGGAAACGGGUGCAAAAGGGGCGAGCAAAGUGCAAUAGGAACCCAGGUGUAAGCUGGUUAUAUGCGUCCUUUUUUAUUACUAUUAUUUGUGGAUUGCUUUUCAGGUAGCAGUCAUGUGUUAGGAGGUAGCGCUGGUGGAAAAUCUAUGAAUGAUGAAAUUAUUGUUGUGAUUGUGGUUACGAACCAGCUUCCUUUUAUAAUUUUCAUAGGAAAUGCUUUUUCAAAAAAAAAAGAAGAA